UAGUACUGUACAAUAACUUGGCUUUUUUUAUCUGUAUUCUCUAAUCAACAAUUACAAAUGGCUGACUAUAGAUUGCGUUUCUGAACUUUCUCAGAGUUCUGUUUUAACAUUAAAUUAAUGUGUUAUGACUUUAGCAUCGUUGUAAAUAACCGAAUUAAUCCAAAUACACUUAUGUCGCUAUCGUCAUCUUAAAAUAACUUGAUGCUAACCUCAAAAUUUAUACAAAAUGGAGCUUCCACAACCGCCGCAAGAUCAAGAUCUGCGUAAUAUAAUUGACAAACUUGCACAGUUCGUGGCAAGAAAUGGCCCAGAAUUUGAAAAAAUGACCAAGACAAAACAAAAAAACAACCCCAAGUUCAGUUUUCUGUACGGCGGGGAGUACUUCAAUUAUUACCAAUAUAAAGUGACGACAGAGCAAGCAAUUCUAAAGCAAUCAGCCGGUGGCCAGGCGGCACCCGCUCCCGCUGGGGCUUAUAUGGCACAGAACAGGCAAUAUGUAAUGCCCCAACAGGCCAGCGCGACGCCAGCACAGCUGGGCCUGGUGGCAUCGAUGGCGGCGGCGCCCGCGCUGCAGCAGUGGCUGGCGGCCGCCUCCGUGCCGCCCGGCAAGCCGCACUCCGCAGACAUCGACAACGUCAACGCUCAGAUCAACAUGCUUAAGGAACAAAUUACUCAGUCGGAAAACAAUCUCAAUGCUCAGCACACGGUGUUGAUACAACAACAGCAAGCUAAAAUCAAUGAACUGGUGAGUAAAGCUCAAGUGGAGACCAUUCAAAUAAUGGCCGAAGAAAAUAAUAUAAGCCUCUCAGAGCUGGACGCCAUCUUACAACCAAUUAUUGACACAUGUACUAAGGACAGCAUUUCUACAGGAAAAGGAUGGAUUUUGCAACAUGCAACUUCUCAUGAUGCGGGCAAGGUGAUAUCACAACAUCUCCUGCGAAAAGUGACUCAGCCUGGUGCACCAUUCUCCCAAAAGCUGCACAUCAUUUAUCUUGUCAACGAUGUUUUACACCACUGUGCACGCAAAAACGCAGAAGAUCUCAAGAAAAAUUUGGAAAAUGUGGUGGUUCCAAUGUUUUGCAAUGCCAGUAUAGCUGUCACAGAAGAACAGGAAGCCAAGUUGAACAAGUUGCUGCGUUUAUGGGAGUCUAAGUCAAACUACUUUGAUUCCGCAGUCAUUGAAAAGAUGAAAAGCCCUACAACUUCCUAUCAGGAGUAUCAAAAUAACCUUAUCGCCCAGCAUUCUAAUGCCAUUGCACAUUUGACACAACAAACUAAAGCUACAUUUGAGAAUUACCAGACACAACACCAAGCUUUUGUCGCACACACAAUGCAACAAAUACAACAAAUGGAAAUGCAGAAACAUGCAAUGGAGUUACAUGCACAUGAGAACAGUCAUGAUCAUAAUAAAGACAACCAGCAACAGAAUAACAUGCAGAAUCCUUUUCAAGUGAACAAUUUUGGCGAUCAAGGUUACCAAAAAAUGGGUGGUUAUGAUCCAAGCUUUAAUUCUAGCCACCAGCAAUAUGGUAGUGAGAGUGGUGACAAUUAUCCCUCAAAUAAUAGUAUAAGUGGUAAUGAAAAUAGUUAUGACAGUCAAACAUUUGAUCAAAUUACAAGUCAAAAAAAGCAUGAUAUGGAUGAGCCUGAUUUAUCAAAUCUUCCAAAUGUAAAUUUCUCCCAACCGCCACCUGGUUUUAAACCACAAGAAAGUACGUUAUUAGCAUUCCAGAAUGGCCUCCCAGAUCUCAGUAAACCACCUCCUGGUUUUCCACCAUUCCCUGAAAUUAACAAUGAAGAACUAAUGCCAUCCGUACCGUACUUUGAGUUGCCAGCUGGGUUAAUGGUGCCUUUAAUUAUGCUGGAAGACGACAAGUACAAGCCCUUAGACCCUGCAAAGAUCCGUCUUCCGCCGCCCGCGCCGCCUAAUGAAAGACUUCUGGCCGCUGUUGAUGCUUUCUAUGCAUCACCAAACCAUGAAAGACCUCGAGACAAUGAGGGGUGGGAAAAAUUAGGUUUAUAUGAAUAUUAUAAAGCCAAGAAUGCGGCAAGAAAGAAUAAAGAAGAAGCAAUCGCUCAAGGCCUAAGACAAAAAUCGAAAUCUCCAAGUCCCGUCCCAAAAGACUUACAAAAACAACCGACUCCACCAGGGAGGAGAUACAGAUCAUUAAGUAGGACACCAGAGAAAUCAUCGCCAAAAAAGUCCCGAUCACGAUCGCCAUCACCGCGCAGAAAACCUUCAUGGAGGCGAGACAGAGACAGGGACAGAGACAGUCGGAGGAGGUCACGUUCGCGGUCUCGUUCGCGUUCGCGUUCGCCGCGAGGUUCGCCGAGAGUACGCCGAGUGGAGCGGUCGCGUUCGCCCUCCCCGCCCGCCUUCUUAGGCGCAGGGCUAGCGGGCUCAUCUGGUGGAUCCAGUGGAUCCAGUGGACUUGAUGCAAGCAACAAAGGUCACCAGCUCUUACAGAAGAUGGGCUGGAGUGCGGGUGGGCUGGGCGCGACCGGUCAAGGCAUUGCAGAACCCAUCAGUGGUGGUGCCGUUCGAGACCGACAAGAUCAGUACAAAGGUGUUGGGGUUAAUUUGAAUGACCCCUAUGAAAACUUCAGAAAGAACAAAGGUGCAGCAUUUAUUACAAGAAUGAAAGAAAGAGCGUUAGAAAGAUCAUCGUGAUCACCAUAGAUAGUAUUUAGAUGUAAAUGUGUAUAAUUGAGAUUGUGUGGAUGAGAUUGAUUUAUUUUAUCUAAAUCAUCUUAAAUAAAGUUGUAUGAAUUUUA